GGAGCGGCAACUACAUGCUAUGUGGCACUGCAUCCACAAGUUAAGGGUAUAAGUGGUGAGUAUUUUUCAGACAGUAAUGUAGCUAAAACGGUCACCUCUCAUGCUAAAGAUGCAGAAUUGGCAAAGAAACUAUGGGAUUUCAGCGCGAGCUUGACACAGCCCAAGUAG